AUGGUGACCGUAUCCGAUCCUCCUGUUGAAGAUUUCAUUGACAGCCACAACCGUGCUGCCGAGAAGAUUGCUGCUACCAGAGCCGCCGCCACCAAGAAGAAGACUAACGAGGAAUCCGAUGAAGAUGACUCCGAGGACGAGGAGGAUACUUCGAAGAAGCCCAAAGGGAAGAAAGGAGUGACCAUUGCCUUCCCUGGUGGACGUGGCAGUGGACGAGGCGGCCGUGGCCGUGGUCGUGGACGAGGCGGCGGCCGUGGCCGUGGUCGUGGCCGUGGCAGGAAGAAUGGUAAAGCCAAAGCCAAUCAUGACGACAUCAAAGCUGAAGGAGAAGCAAAAAAGAGGGAUGCAAAAUAUGACAAGAUCGAUGACUACUGUCUUUCCCGUGCCGUUGCGAAUGUGACAUGCAAUCUCAAGAAGGGAGCCAAGGAAAAGGGCAAAGUGUACUGGCAGAACAUCGCCGACAAAUUUGAAGAGAUCCGUGCUACGGAUUUUCCCGACAGGCCCAAAAGGACUUGGGAAUCUUGCUACAACCGUUGGACCCGGCAUAUCCUCAAAUCAAUGAAUCUUUUCAUUCCUUGCUACCGCCACGUGAAGAAGAAUCCCAAGUCUGGCUGGGCGAAUGAAAAAGACUUUAUUGAAGCUGCGAGAGAGGAAUACAUGGACAAGCAUGACGCUGUAUUCAAAUUUGAACCGUGCCUGGAAGUAUUGAAGUCCCUUCCCCGUUUUGAUCCAAAUUUGACGGCAGAGGAGGCCGCUACACAGGAGGAACGCGUCGUUGAAUUGGCCGACAGUGGCGAUGAAAAAGGAGCCACGGAACAGCCAACAACCGGCAACAACACGGCUGAAGUUGCUUCUGUCAUGGGCUCUACUAUACGCUCGGCCUCCCGGUACCAAAGCUUUCAAGGAACAGCAAAAGAAAAUUAUGUUGGAGGGUAUCUCUGA